AUGGUUAAUUCCCUCAUGGUUUCUUUCCUAUUUGCUAUAGUUUUUGCCGAUGAGCUGGGUUGGAUGAAAUGGGAUGCAUUUGAUGAAAUCGAACAGCAGUUUCGGACCGUGACAGGCGAUAACUGUAGGUCAAAGCCAAUAACUGAUUUAAUAAUGCCUGAAGAUGUUUUAACACAAAUACCGAAAUAUAACGAAUUACGCACCAAAGUCUUCUAUAAAAAUCGGACAAACCUCAUUCAUCUGCACAACUUGGCCUUGAAUAGGGCUUUCUACUUUAGCUACAUAUACCAAAGACUGAACACAUCUGAUGUCUUUGAAACUAUGCCGGAUGUCCAUUAUCUUCAUUUUUCUGUAGCAGCUGAUAUCAAUGCAAAUCCUAUAGUCAAUGGCAGCGCCAUGUACUUCGAUCAAGAUUGUUACUACCCUAACUGGAUGAUUAACUAUGACUUUAAUCGAACUCUUCCCCUUUUUGCACCACGAUCGUGGAGAUGGGAUGAUUCUUUUGACAUGGUCAAUAUUCUAAGGGAGCCAACUCUCACUACCACAUUUGUUGUAGAUGCUGGUAGCGGCCUUAAUAAAAAUUAUACAAAUCACGGAUACCGAAUGAACCCUUGGUAUGAUUUCUGGCUGCCUGACACACAUCCAGUUUAUGAUUCCACUCGAAAAUUCACUUGGAGUGUAAAUCUAAAGUUUUCCAAUUCUUCCGGUGUUUUUACACACAAUACAUUUGAAGGGUUUAAUUUUUUCGGACCAAAUAAUCCUGGAACUAAUGAUCCAAUAGAAAAACUACCCGUUCGUUUCACAAGACCAUACUUUGACUGUGCAAGAUCCAACAAAUGGGUAGUAUCCGCUGUUUCUCCUGUGGCAGACUUCAUGCCUCGAUACAGUAACUGGACGCACCUCAGACGACCAAGAUUCGUUGGAGUUGUGGUGAUGGACACGGACUUCGAGCAUGUAGAUUUCAAUCCUUGUGGAAUCAGUGCCGGAAAUCCAGGACCUAGUUAUCUGGCAGGAAUUGACCGGUGCAAGGAACACUCAAAGUGUAAGCACCUGAGUGGUUUCGGUUUCCGUCGAGGGAGUUACGUAUGUAAAUGUCGAGACGGUUACAGGUAUCCGACAGAAAUAGAACAUCCUUACAAGGGUUCUAACAUAGAAGAGUCCACAUGGACGGAGUACAACGAAGGUUUUAACUGUACCCCUACUGAACGUAAGUACUAA